AUGGUACAGCUCAAGGCGAGCGGGAACUCUGCUGUAGCUGUGUCCGUUGCCAUGAGCAUAGUUGCCUCGAUUGCUCUGAUCGCUCGCUUCGUUGCCAAAAUCAAGAUCAAGAAACUGGCAGUGGAAGAUGUAGUGAUUAUUGUGGCCUUUUCGACGUAUAGCGGCUACGUUGGCGUGAUUCUGACAGGUAUGAUGAAAGCUGGCGGCACUCUAGACUUAUCACAGACCGAUUUGAUUCAGACAACAGAGCUCUUAAAGUACGUCUAUAUCAGCGAACUACUCUUCACCAUUACUAUCUCGCUCGUCAAGAUAUCAAUCCUGGUCUUCUACCAGAAGAUCUUUUCAACUCCUGGGUUUCGAAAAGCCUCUUUCGUUGUGGGCAGUGUUUGCAUUUUAUGGCUUCUGGUGUGUUGUCUUGUCAGCGUCUUCCAAUGCAGGCCUAUCUCUGCGGCGUGGCAUUUCGAACUCGCUCUUCUCGGCCAGGCACAAUGCAUUAAAUAUGGCCAUUUUAUCAUCGGAUACGAGCUCUCGAACGUGCUGCUUGAUAUUGCAAUUAUUGCUCUCCCACUUUCCAUGCUCAAAAAGCUUCAGCUUGCCCUCGAGCGGAAAAUUGUCGUGGCAUGCAUGGUCCUCCUCGGUAGUCUUGUAUGUGUCAUCUGCAUCAUUCGGAUAGGCUACAUGAACCAAACGGCUUCCACCGACACAUCUUCCCUUCCUAUCGGUCUCGAUUGGUCGACGGUAGAACUUGCUAUAGCCAUCACAUGCGCCUGCCUUCCGUGCUACGGCCCGUUGAUCAACUCGGCCAAGCUUGCCCAAUAUAUCAGCAGUUGGUCCAACUCGCGCCUGUUGCAUGGCUUCAGCAAGGACCGCGCCUUGAAGUUGAACUACGACCAGGAGAGCUCCAAGUACGAACGUCUUGCUCAACCGUCCGAAGAUAUCCAGCAUCUGACUCACAAUGAUCCAAAGGCACUUCGAGGUAGUCUAACCAGACAGAUUGUGCCGAAUGAGGUGGAAGCUGUUCUCCUAGGAGAAGUUCCGGCAGACAUAUGCUGA